UCCGCGACCGGACCGCCUGCCCCUCCUCCGUCUCCGUCGCUCGCCUUGCUCGACGCGUACAUGGAUAUAGCUAGACCCACACGCGAGAGCUGCACGGGAAAAGCACAGAGCUAGAGGGGAGACCGAACGUGUACAAGUUGUACCACGACAACACCGAGUAAUUGCCGCAAUACCGUGCUCCUUACAAAGUUACUUGGGGCGUCCAUUUGCGUUCACUCAUCCUCGUCAGAUUUGUUGGGUCCUACUGCCCCUUGUUGCUCUCUGCAAUCGCCGCCUGACGAGCUUUUACUAUCUCUUUUCCCGCCGUUUCUCCCUUCUUCUCGAUAUCAUCGCCGAGACGACAAAAUAAUGUUCCGCGUGCGCGAAAUUAAUGACGUCGUAGCAACGCCCAUAAACACCACGUGAUCGGUCCGAGAGCUAAAAGAGAGAGAAAAGGAGCGAUGGUGCUUGUCCUGGUCAUCGGCGACUUCCACAUACCCUACAGAGCCAGCUCUCUGCCGCCGCAGUUCAAGAAAUUACUGGUGAGCGCGCCACCUCCUGGCGGGGGGAGGACCUCCCUCCCAUAUGUUUAGCUCGCUUCGCGCCCGGCUGCAGGUACCGGGCAAGAUUCAGCACAUACUGUGCACGGGGAACCUCUGCACCAAGGAAACGUACGACUACCUCAAGACUAUUGCUAGCGAUGUACACGUAGUCAAGGGGGACUUUGACGAGUCUGCCAGUUACCCAGAGCAGAAGGUGGUGACGGUUGGGCAGUUCAAAAUCGGGCUGACGCACGGUCACCAAGUGGUGCCGUGGGGCGACACCGAAGGACUAGCAAUGCUUCAGAGGCAGUUGGAUGUGGAUAUCGUUAUAUCUGGACACACACACAAGUUUGAAGCUGUGGAGAACGAGGGAAAGUUUUUCAUCAACCCAGGCUCAGCCACUGGAGCAUUCAACGCCUUAGAAAUUGAAGUUACUCCGUCAUUUGUUCUGAUGGACAUAAACGGCCCGCAGAUAGUCCUGUACGUCUACCAACUCUUAAAAGACGUGAAGGUCCAAAAGAUAGAGUACAAGAAGAAAUCAUAAGACACUCGCUAUAGGGGUUUUAAAUACGCAUUGGGAUUAUCGCACACAUUUCACUUUUUGUACAAGAUAACUAUUGUGUAGGUGUAGUAAAACAUCAU